GUUCCCUCCCCGCAUGAGCCCCGCCCUUCUGCGCGCAAGCUGCCGCUCAUUGGCUCACCAAAGCUCAUUUGCAUUGACGUCAUUCGAGGCUGUAGGUCAAUGCGUGCGCGUGCUUUUAUUGGAUCCGCCGCUGUCACAUUCGCGCCGCGCGUUAUUCCUCGUCUGGAAACUCGCGACGCGCAAACGCCUAGUUUUCUGUCACCCGGCGGCCGUCCGUCCGUUUUCUUCGUCCACCCGCCCGCGUCAAACAGAGGCAGAAUCGUAGGCCCUUGAUUGACAGCUGCUCUUUGGCGAGCUCCGCGUUGACGCGCCGCUCCGGAGUUUCAUCUAACGGCCCGUUUGAUGUCAUAGAUGCAGGAUCGCGCGUCCCGCGGCGCGUCAGGGCCAGAUUGCAGCCUGUUGAUGGGGAGCGGAAUCAACGCGCCGGUUCGCUCCCAAUGACUGACGCUGAGGCCGCGCGGAGCGAUCGCGUGUGUUUCGCGCCUGUCGAAGGAGAAUAAACGCGCGAAUGGACGAAACCGUUGCGUGAACCGAACUGGAGCCAGAAUCCGCCAGAAAAGAGGCGAAGUUCGCGCGAGGACCGACCGCGAGGAUGAGGAGUAACGGUCGCGAGUGAAGCGCUGAGGCGGCGGCGGGAGCACCAUGAGCCGAGCUUCUGUUUGAUCAAGAGACUCGAUAGAUCCGAUCGAUCUGAUCGUCUGGAUGAUCUGACAGAGAAACAUUCCUAUUAGCGCAGAACGAGCGGAGCCUCGCGUCGCGUCGCGCCGCGUCGCGGCUGAAUGAUGGGCUGCGCCUCCAGCAUCCACAUCUCCGAUCGGGUGGUUUAUCAGAGCGGGAAAGAGUCCGAGGACUCGCCACAGCAGAACUGCCCUCAGCCGGGCCACACCAAGCCCAGCAACGCCUGUCAGAGCACGUUAACGGAGGUGCAGUUUGGACCAAUGAAGCUCUAUGAAGAUCAGCUGCAGGUGCUGUUAGUGUUUGCCAAAGACGAUGCUCAGAGUAACAGCUUCUGCUGGGCGUGUGAACGCGCUGGUUUCAGGUGUAAUGUGGCCCGAACGCCAGAAGCGGCGCUGGAGAGUUUCCAGGAGAAGAACCACGAUCUGAUCAUCAUCGAUCACAGACAUUCCAGAUACUUCGACGCUGAAGCGCUCUGUCGGUACGUUUCAUUCCGCCACAGAGGAACAGAGAGGGUGAAGGUUCUGAAAACUGAUCAAGACAUUGACUUGAAAUCCUAAUGAAGCAGCAUGCACUGUGAAAUAAAUGGUUUAUUUGAAGGACUGAGUUUAAAUGUGACUCAAAACCUUCAGAUCAGUUGUAAUGUUGAGAAGUGUCAAACUAACCCUGUGACGUCACGCGCUGUGUUUAAACGCUAUGAUAAAACAUA